CUUUCACCGUAUUUUUUUUUAUGGCAUGAUUCCUUUCAGUGGUGCUUCUUUCAAACAUACACUGCCAUUGGUAGUUGAAACGUAAGCCUCAAAUGUUUAGACUAACUCGGCAUUUUGUAUUUUUUUUUUAUAUUGAAUUUCGAUUAGGAUUGGAACGAGCAACUUCAAAAUCCUGACACCAUUAUAUAAUUGUUUUGGUCCUUUACCUUUUGCCAACCAUGGCCUCUCUCUGGAGCUUGCAAAAUUUGCUUUUUCUGCUCCUUCUGGUUCUUCCUCCUGCUAACUCAAUCUCCUUUCAGAAACCGCGGUUCGAUUCUCUUGACCCCAGUAUAAUCUAUGAAGGAGGUGCAACAGCAUCUGUUGGAGCUGUUGAAUUCAACAGUGACACUUAUAUGUGUCAAGUUGGUAGAAUCACUUACGCUGACAAGGUGCCUCUCUGGGAUUCCAAAAGCAGAAGGCUCACUGAUUUCACUAAUCAUUUCUCUUUUUACAUUGAUGUCCAAGGUCGAAGUUCUUACGCUGCUGGAUUUGCUUUCUUCCUUUCUCCGGUUGGAUUUCACAUACCACCCAAUUCAGCUGGAGGAUUUUUAGGCCUGUUCAAUAUCACAACUAGUGACUCCCCACAAAACCAAAUCGUUCACGUUGAAUUUGACUCCUUCCCGAAUACUGAAUGGGAUCCUCAGGUUCAGCAUGUGGGGAUUAAUAACAAUUCAGUUCAUUCAGCUACGUAUACAUAUUGGAAUACUAGUUUGCACACUGGAGAUACUGCUGAUGUGUGGAUCACUUAUGCUGCUUCAACCAGAAAUUUGACCGUGUCUUGGAAAUAUCAAACAACUCAGGCUUAUAAUGAGAACACCAGCCUUUCGUAUAUUAUUGAUCUCAGGGAGGUUCUGCCUGAGUGGAUACAGAUUGGAUUUACAGCUGCUACAAGUAAUCUGAUAGAACGCCAUGUACUUCAAUCCUGGGAGUUUAAAUCGAGUUUGGAGAUGAAGGAAACAAAUGGCGAAAAUUCUAAGAAGGUAGGAUUGAUAGUUGGCCUAGCAGUUCCAUUAGCUGUUCUGAUAUCUGCUGUGGUUCUUGUAUUUGGAAUCUUGUGGAGAAGGAAGCAGAAGAGGAGAGAAACACCAGAGACGAUGAACUUAACAUCAAUUAAUGAAGACCUUGAAAGAGGAGCAAUCCCAAGAAAAUUUUCUUACAAUGACCUUGAUUCAGCUACCAAAAACUUUUCACACGAGAGGAAGCUAGGAGAAGGAGGGUUUGGAGCUGUUUACAAGGGCUACCUUGCUAAUCUAGACAUGGCAGUCGCUGUGAAGAAAAUUUCAAGGGGUUCUAAACAGGGGAAGAAGGAGUACAUAACCGAGGUGAGGGUCAUCAGCCGGUUGAGACAUCGGAAUCUGGUGCAGCUCAUCGGCUGGUGCCAUGAAGGAGGUGAAUUUCUUCUUGUGUACGAGUUUAUGCCAAAUGGUAGUCUUGAUUCUCACCUCUUCGGGAAGAAGAGUCCGCUCAUCUGGGCCGUCAGAUACAGAGCAGCUCUUGGCUUGGCCGCUGCGCUGCUCUACCUUCACGAAGAGUGGGAACAAUGCGUGGUCCACCGGGAUAUAAAAUCAAGCAACAUAAUGCUUGACUCGAAUUUUAACGUAAAGCUUGGAGAUUUUGGGUUGGCUCGACUCAUGGACCAUGAGCUAGGUCCGCAAACAACAGGGUUGGCUGGAACUCUAGGCUACUUGGCUCCAGAAUAUAUAAGCACAGGCCGGGCGAGCAAAGAGUCAGACAUCUAUAGCUUUGGUGUCGUUGCAUUAGAGAUUGCUACCGGAAAGAAAGCAAAUGAUCCUUUUGGGCAAAAUUCAGACAAGAAAUUGGUAGAGUGGAUUUGGGAUCUUUAUGGAAGUGGCAAACUGAGAAUAGCUACUGAUGAAAGAGUUCGUCAGGAUUUUGAUGAGAAAGAAGCAGAGUGUUUAAUGGUGGUUGGAUUAUGGUGUGCUCAUCCUGAUUACAAUCUGAGACCUUCAAUAAGGCAAGCAAUGCAAGUUCUUAAUUUCGAAGCAGAAUUGCCAAUUCUUCCUGGAAAAAUGCCAGUUCCCUUGUAUCAUGUGCCAACAUCAUCAUCAGUUUGCUCUGCUGAACCUUUAAUUUCAUGUUCAAGCAUUGAGGCAGGUCGUUAAUUCCUGACUCCACCUUCCUGUUGUAAUAAAUUAAUUUUGUUUCUUUUGACAUUGUGCAUGUGAGACAAAAAGCUGGAAAAAUCAAGAUGAGCAGUGUGAAAAGAACUUGCUUUGCAGGAAGGACUGCAAUUGAAAAUAUUGGGCUUAAAUUGAAAUAAUUUUAUAUGAUGUU